AAAAGAUUAGAGGAAAAAGCGCCAACAGUUUUCUUACUUCUACGUAAUUUGUUUUUUACUUGUCUCUUUAAAAUUUGAGACAAUCCACAAUUCCGUCUUUCCUCGCGGACUGGUUUUUUUUUUUUCGUGACUAAUAUAUAUUCACAGUUUUAUUAUCACCGCCUGAGGAUUGUAUCAGCGUGUCCUCAAUCACAGGCAAUAAAUUGGUGUGUCGAUCGGCGCGUUGCGCGACGUUUAUACGUGGCAACGGAUAUCGAAUUCCGUCCUUUUUUUGAUUUAUCAACAAAAUGCGUCUUUUUGUUGUUCCCGGUCGAGAAUACGUUUAAAAAGCGCUGCAAGUGGAAGUUAUUUAUUGCAUACAAAUUAACUACAUAUACAUAUUAUGGAUCAUGCUCGCUCGCCAAUGGAUAACCUCUUCAACAUGCUGUCGAGUUUCAGCGCCGGCCACGAAAAAGCCCUGAAACAGGGCAUCUACAACUCCGUCGCGCUUUUCUUUCUGUGUCUGGUCUCGGCAGCCGGCUACGGCCUCUAUAUCAUACUCAGACCCUUCGUCAAGCCGCUUGUCUGGGCUCUAUUGUGCGGUUCUGUUUUGUUCCCUUUCAAGUGCUCACUGGCCACCACAGUGCAAUCCUGGUUCACCAAGAAAGAAGCCUCGCACAGUCCCCUGAUCGUCGAUGUCAGCCUUCUGCCUGUACACAUAUUUGACAAUGUGUCCGAUAAGUUGGGUUCCUUCCUCUGGUCCCACAUCAAAUAUAUUAUUGGUACGGUCACGCUGGUGUUAGGGACUGUAGGUAUAUAUCACUAUACUCCCACCAUACUGACAUGCUUCGCUUGGAGAAUCGUUCAGGCAUUUACAACUGUCUCGGGAUUCUUCAUUCUGACAUGCAACAUUUACACGGUUUCCACAAUACUUAUAGGAUAUUUGAUAGUUCUGUAUGUUCACUGGACACCAGCGAAUUUCACUCGUUUCCGCUACAUGUCUUUUGUGAUGUGGUUCAUUGUCAGUAUGUACCUAUCAAACAUAGCUGGUGCCUACAGAGUCCUGGUCUUCGCCAUUCUGCAAAUUCUAUGCGCAAUAGGAUUUGUUUACGAAGUGUUGCUGAUCAUGGAAACCCAAGAGCUGAUCAAUGGCAGUCCUAUGACAUUCUCGGAGGCUGCGCGUUUUGCUUUAACCAAUAAUCUGUUGCCAAGCCUGCAACAAGAGGACAAAUUAGCUCCACUGAAGAGUGACGAGCAAACGGAUGAUUUGAAAAAGAAAGAAAGUACCGAUGCAUCAGCUUGUCCUAAAGAGAAAGAGGAAAAGUUUUCCAGCGUGGAGGAAAUCAAAAGAAUUGCCAGCACACCGAGACUCGGUGUAAAGUCGAUAUCUCUGGACACGGACGCCGCUCUAUCCGCGAUGCGCAAACGGCCUGCGAGUAGCGCACAGUCUCGCGCAAAAGCGCGUUAUUUGCUCGGCAAACUGAAGGUCGAAUUCCGAGGAUCAUUCGAUAUGCGUGACGAUGAGGAACUUGUCGAUACCGACAAGUACAUGUACGGAGCGGUUUACGCGUGCAUCGGUAUGCUUCUCUGGAAAUACUGGUGGAUCGUGCACAUCCUCGUGAUCCCUUUGGUGUAUUAUAUCGUGAAGCAACUAGGUAAUUACUUUGGCUUCUGGGAUAUGAUAUACAAGUAUUACGACUGGGUGCUACAAGCGGUCAAGUCGUGGUGCCUGGAACGACAUCAAGCGCUUCUACCUUCCAACAUCAGAGGUCUUUACAAAGUGAGCAUCAUCGUGGACGAGAAAGUGAGGAACAUUUUAAAAAGUUCCGUCGACGCGGUGGCGACAACAGCUGUAAUAUUCGGCCUAAUCAUCUUCAUUACUUUCACGUCUAUUUUUAUAACGAUACAGGUUUACGCGGAGGGUAUACAUCUCGUUCAAGUGACAGGAGAAAUAUUGAAUUCCUCUUUGAUGAAUAAUCCCGAUAUCGAAUGGAUGCCAGAAAAAUGGGAAGAGUCCGUCAACAGUGUUUUAGAUAACGCUUACACGUACGGACGGAGCGCCAUAUCCGACGGAAUUCGAGGUCUCGUUAAAGAUAUCGAGCCGACGAAAGCUGAGCUGAUGGAGAAGAAAGUUUUGGAACUCUGGGAUCGUCUUUACCAGGCGUGGAUGAUGUCGAAUGUGGACGAAACUUUCGUGGGUCCUACUGUAGACAUAAUGACCGCGUAUUCCGCAUGGGAGAAUUUCAAGGAAAGCGUCGGCACGCCUUUCCAUUUGUUCAAUAUGGAAAGCAUGCAGAAUUUCGUCAAGGAAAAUAUCGGCAUCUUCAUGUCCGUGCUCGAUUCUAUCUGGAGUAUUGUCAAAGGCAAUAUGUCUGUGAUACUGACAAUUUUUACAGAGUUAUUCUACAUCGUACUGAUGAGCGGAACAGCCGUACUUAAUUUCGUUCUUAGCAUGGUUGUGUUCUUCACAACUCUAUUUUAUCUCCUCAGUUCUAGCAAUGAAACUUAUAAACCCAUCGAAUUGGCAACGAUGUUCAGUCCCAUCAGUUGUUACAACGCACGUAAUACGGAUGGGUUCGCCGUGGCGCUGCAAGAAGCGGUGAUUGGCGUGUUUGCGGCCACUUUUAAGCUCGCCUCCUUCUUCGGCAUGUGGACGUGGUUCAUUCACAACUUGUUCCAAGUGAAGAUCGUUUACUUGCCGUCGGCCUUGGCGACUAUGCUGGGAGCGGUGCCGUUUUUAGACGCCUACUUCGCUUGCAUUCCGGCCACCAUUGAACUUUGGUUCACUCGCGGCUCGAUGACUGCUAUCUCGUUCUUUCUUUUCCAUUUUCUACCGUGCAACAUAGUUGUGACGGAAUUCUACAAAGAAAUUAAAGGCGGCGGACAUCCUUAUCUAACAGGUCUGUCGAUAGCAGGCGGAAUAUUCUGUUUGGGUGUGGAAGGAGCAAUUUUUGGCCCUCUGCUCCUAUGUUGCAUCAUGGUCGCCAUUAAUUUAAGUCGACGUUACCUGCACACGCCCGAGGAGGAAGUUAUAAUUCCAGCGUAUUCUUCCAGCGUGAUGUAGUCCAAAGUGAUGUUACAAUUUUGCUAACAAAAAAAGAUCUAACUUUUGCUUAAUUAAUACUAUUGAGUGAGCUACGGGCUUGGCUCCAGCGCUUUAUCUUUUAGAGAUGAGAAACUUUGAUAAAUGUUUUACGAACGUUAAAUAAUGCUGCACAAUGGCUGGAACAUGCAGACAGUUUAUGUGAAAGUCGCGUUUUACACAUUUUCAUGUGAUACAGAAGCUAAUAAUAAGAUUUAGAGCGCUUGCGCUUGAUAGAUCUAGAAAUAUUUAAAUUUAUAACACACAAGAGUGAAAUAUUAAUUUAUUUUUUUUUAAUUUUAAUAUUUGUUUUUUUUUUAACGAUUUUUCAGU